AUGAAGCUUGAGACACAGCUGCGCAUUUUGAGGCAUCCUGUUGGCAAGCACUCUUCGCUAUCCUUUGAGGCUCGCGUGCUGAAGCGCCUCUCAGCGCCAGGCUUCCCAAAAGUCCACUCCUUGGGUAGAGAAGGUUGCUAUCAUCUCCUAGCUAUGGAGCUGCUGGGACCGUCUCUAGAAGCCGUCUUCAACAAGUGUGGCCGAAAAUUUUGCUUGAAGACGCUGCUGAUGAUGGCAGACCAGAUGGUUCGACGUCUGGAGCAAGUCCACUUGAAGGGCUAUGUACAUCGCGACAUCAAGCCUGAGAACUUCCUCAUUGGCCGAGGGGAUCGGCGCAAUGUAGUUCAUCUCAUCGACUUCGGCCUCACAAAGAGAUUGGAGCCGGACAAGCCGAGGCUCGGGUCACGCCGCAGCCUUGUUGGCACAGCCCGCUAUGCUUCGAUCGGCGCUCAUGAGGGGGCAGAGCAGGGUUGCAAAGACGACCUUGAAGCUCUGGCUUAUGUCCUCAUCUACCUUGCGCUGGGUGAGCUGCCCUGGCAGGGCCUACAGGUUGAAUCAAAGGAGGAGAAACACAAGAAGAUCAUGGAGUUGAAGCAGGAAGUUACUACGGAGGAGCUGUGCAAAGGCUGCCACGAAGUCUUCCGCCAGUUUCUCCAGUAUACACAGGGCCUCAAGUUCCAGGAGAAGCCCGACUACGCGUUUAUCUAUGGCCUCUUCUCAGAUGCCAUGUCCGCAGAAGGAUACGAAAAUGACGGCCAGUUUGAUUGGCUUAUGCUGCCUGACAAGAUGCUCGAAUGCAAGAACAUGCAUGUCAAAUCAAGCGGCAAGAUACUCCGGGACAGUCGGUGUUAUCCUCGGCAUAUGGAGCCGUCACACCGUGCACUUGUCUACACUGUCAUUCGGUGCGUACGUAGCUCUCAGGCUAAGACGCUCUGCACUUCCACCAAAGCUUCUUCAAGGGAGCCGGAGCAGGUGAUUGCAAAACAAGGAUUGUUCCCCACACUCUUUGCAUGUUUCUCAGCUCCGAAGAUGACGUGA